UAUUGACAAUGUGUCCAAAAGGAUAACAAUCUACAACAUAAUCCCAGUGGUACAAAUUGCACAAAUUGUUGGACAUAAAAGGUGGCAGUGAAAAUGUGUUUAAAGAGAUAAAUAUCGCAACAAAUAAUUAGGAUGUGAAACCAUGUUGGAAUGCGUGCGUCGCGCGAGCACAGUGGUACGCGCGUCGACAAAAACUCGACAAAAUUUAAAGGGGAGAAGUGGGGAUUUUUUGCUCGUGCUGCUUUUUGUGCUCCUGUGCGUGAGAAGCAGUACGUCGAGCGGGAUCUCCCUAGGCGCGCAUUUAGUCUGCGCACGAGUGCACGGGUUGACUGAGAAACAAAGAGCAAUGUGCCGAACGUCACCGGCAGCCAUCGCUGCCGUCGGUGACGGGUUGAAAAUGGCGUACUCAGAGUGCCGAGUGCAACUCGGUGGUUACAGGUGGAACUGUUCAGGGGUCGGUGAUGGAAACCACUUCGGUCACGUGAUGCCUCUUGCCACCCGCGAAGCUGCGUUCACAUACGCGAUCACAUCCGCGGGAGUCACACACGCGCUAAGCUCAGCCUGCACUCGCGGCGAUCUGCCAGCUUGUGGAUGCACUACAAACAGGAGAAGAUCAUCAUCUCCCGAUCAGUUCCAUUGGGGAGGUUGCGGUGAAGCAGCGUACGGAGCGAGGUUUGCCAGAAGAUUCCUGGAUGCCAGAGAGCUCGAAGCUGAUGCCAGGAGUCUCAUGAAUCUGCACAAUAACCGGGUCGGAAGGAAGGUGAGUGAGAUGGUGAAAGACCUAGUCCGUCGCGAGUGCAAAUGCCACGGAGUGUCGGGCUCUUGCGCUCUGAAAACGUGCUGGCGAGCCCUGCCGCCGUUCCACGCGGUCGCAAAAGCUCUAAGAGACAAGUACAGUAAAGCCAAGAUGGUGGCCCCACAUCCACCUCCUGCUACCCACGCUCCUAACACGCAUUUGGUUAUACGUAGAGCGCGACAAAACGCAGCCAUCGGACGUCAGCCCCGCAAGUCGGAGCUGGUGUACUUAGCGGCUUCGCCUUCGUACUGUGAGCCUGACACCGUCUCUGGAUCCUUGGGCACGCAUGGGCGCCAUUGUAAUAGGACAUCUAGAGGUGAAGAUGGUUGCGAAACCCUCUGCUGUGGUCGCGGCUACAACACGGUGCGAAAUGUGGAAGAAACAAAGUGCAGAUGCAAGUUCCACUGGUGCUGCCGCGUCACAUGUGACACCUGUAUACAGGUCCAGGAAGUCCAUGUGUGCAAGUGAACUUAAUUUAACCUGUUAUUUGUGACUUUGUUAUUUACCGAGGAACUUUGUAAUUUACUCAAUAACUUGGAUAUUGGCGAGCAUUUUUUCUUGUAUUAAGGUUUUUGUGUUAAUUUGUUAAAGGUUACUUUGAUUGAUUUCAGUGUUACAUAUGAGCAAAAUGUCACACAUCCACAAUUAAAAGAGAAUAAAUAGCGUAUGGACAGGUUAAAGCUGAAAAAAAAUAAUG